AUGGUGUUGAUCAACGGAGUCAAAUACGCCUGCGAGCGCUGUAUUCGUGGCCAUAGAGUCACCACCUGCACCCACACAGAUCAACCUUUGACCAUGAUCAAGCCCAAGGGCAGACCCGCCACUCAGUGUCAGCACUGCCGUGAUCAGAGGAAAAUGAAGAACCUACAUACCUCUUGCACCUGUGGAAAGAAAGGCAAGCCCGCAGGCUCCCAUCUUGCAUCUUGCCUUUGCCACAAGAAUUCCCACUGUACUUGUUCCUCCACCUCCAAAGCACAAAACAACACUUACCAGAACAUCCAUCACCUUACUGCAUCGGAAAAGGCCAAGAAACAGUCUUUGAUAUCGGCCGCCAACGCAGAGGUCAAGAAGAGACUGUCGGUGUCAAGCACCGCCAGUAAUGGUACAGUGGGAAGCACACCUAACCUUGUGAAAUCAGUAUCUCCUGCUAUGGCACACCCUCCACAUACAAAUUAUGUCAUUGAUGAUGUAUUACCUUUUGAUUCCGCCAACGGCUUUUACGAUCUUGUGAACUCGCCUUCGUUGUCGGAAAAAUACGUCAACGGUUCGAACCCCAACUUCAAUGAAAAUGUUUUCAAUUCGUCAAACACUCCUUCCCCAACCACCGGAAGGACAAGGACCUCGUCCUAUUUAACGAACAACGAUAUACCACAUGAUCCGUAUGGAAACAACCAUUCGUUCAACUACGCAAGAAGUUUAUCUGAAGAAGCAAAGCAUACACCUUCACCAAAGAAGAAUGUGUCUAAUCCUCCGGAAAAUAAUCAGUUUGAUAUGAAUGAUUACGCUUCGUUGGGCAACCCUCAAUUAUCGCCAACUGAAAUUGAUUUGGUGGACAAUAUGUUCCCCUUGUUUCCUUUAGUGGGUCAAUUUAGUUUCGAUGAUGAUAGGAACAAGCCAUUACUGGCAUUGCCCGAUCAUCAUCAGACUUCUUUGGGAAGAUCCCAAUCACAAUCAUCACGUGUAUCUUCACUGCUAAAUCAUGUGAGCAAUGCUCUUCCAGAGGAGGACGAAGAAUCCUUCUCUAUUGAGGGUCACCAACCUGUUCCUCUCCCUCCACAGGUGCACUCUCAAAUUGCUCAUCAACAAGGAACUUCGAGUGGCACAAGCUCAGGUAUUAUAACACACAAUAGUUCUACCGAAAACUUCACUGUGAAACCAAAGCCUCCACAUGCAAAGACUCAACAGCCUAAACCACUCAGGCCAUCGACCAUACCACAUAAUUCGUCCUCUUCAACUCCUUCCAUGAAUGGCUCGACUCAUUAUCAACCAAUACGACCAAAAAGACCGGAAAGUGUGUUGUCAAUUACAUCUAAUUCUUCUAACAGGUCAUUUGAUGUAAAUCACAACAGUCACCAAUCUUUUGUCAAUGGGAAUGGAAACCUUCCAAAUUCUUCGAAUUCAUCUGCCUUUCCACCCAGCGCCCCAUUUCCUGGUUAUGAUGCAGCUGGAAAUACUAGCUCAUCAUCAGGUGUCUUGGGUGUUGAUGAUUCAAGAAAUUUCUUGAGUGACGAAGGUAGUGCUCAACAUUUCGGUAGGACUGGACUUGGUUCGGUCUUUUCUUCGACAAAUCUGGAAACUAAUGUUAAGACAGAAAGGGAGGAAAGUGCAGAUUUAUUGUUUGGUGAUAAUAUCUUGAAUAAUGAUACUUUGAGUACAUCAUCGUCCUUUCUCAAUUUCCCCCACUCAAAUGGAAUUUCACAGGCCAAACCUCCUAGUGUUUCUGGGGAGAAGGUGAAUAGUCAACCAAGACCCAGUCAGCUUGUUUCAAACUCUUCAUCGUCUUCUUAUCUCCAUGAUUACAUGCAUGGAGAUAAACCAGUUGCAAACGACUUCAAUCCAAUACGAAAUGGGCAGAACUUUGAAGAAACCGAACUUAACAAUGUUAAUAAUUCGAGCACCAACGUAAUUCCUCCAGCACAAAUUCCGUUUGAGUACGAUUUAUCGAUGCCAGCAAUGCUAGACUUUGGGUCAGCGAUGUUUGAAAACAACAAGUCUAACCAAGAUUUCCUAUGA